AUGGCGAACAUAGUAGCUGAUUUGGGAAAGUCAAUUUUGGAAAAAUUAAUGAAUAAUGCAAUAGCCGAAUCACGUUACAUAUGCUGCUUCUCAUGCAUUGUUAAAGACUUUGAAGAUGAAAAGGAAGUUCUGAAAGCAACGAGAAUGACUGUGGAUGAAUACACCAAAGUGGAGAAAAGAAAAGGAAACAAUAUUCGAGCAGAUGUGACUUUUUGGCAAGAGAGAGCUGAAGAACUCAUUCAUGAGGACACUCAAAUGAAAAAGACGUGUUUUUUUGGAUGGUGUCCAAAUUGCAAAUGGAGAUAUAGUAAGGGAAAGCAAUUGGCAAACAAGAAGAAAGAGAUUGAAAGACUCUUAGAAAGUAAAUUUGAUAAUGGCAAUGUUGGAAUUUCCCUUAAUCUUCCAGGUGUUGAGUAUCAUUCUUCUCAAGAUUACGUUUCUUUUGAAAGUAGAAAGUUGACAAUCAAAGAACUUUCGGAUGCAUUGAUAGAUGACAGCAACUUUAUAAUUGGAUUCCAAGGGAUGGGGGGCACAGGUAAAACUACUCUGGCAAAAGAAGUGGGUAAGGAACUUGUGCAACUCACACAAUUUGAUCAUGUCAUUGAUACUACAGUGUCAUAUACUCUUGAUAUAAGAAAGAUUCAAGAUGAUAUUGCUGCACCCUUAGGAGUGGAUUUCAAGGAUAAAAAUAAUUCAGAGAGACUCAAGCUUCUUUGGAGUAGAUUAACUGAUGGAGAGAAAAUUCUUCUGAUAUUAGAUGAUGUGUGGAAUCCUAUCAAUUUUGAAGAAAUUGGGAUUCCAAAGAAAGACAAUCACAAGGGUUGCAGAAUCCUUCUAACCACACGUGAAAUGCGGGUUUGCCAAUCAAUGGGAUGCGAAAAGAUAAUUCAACUGGGGGUUUUAUCUAAGGAAGAUGCAUGGACCUUGUUCAAGAAGCAUGCUAAUAUAAGCGAUAGUUCCUCUAAACGUUUGUUGGAUAAAGGGCGUGAUAUUACCAAAGAAUGCAAGGGGUUACCGGUUGCAAUAGCAGCCAUUGCUAGCAGUUUAAGAGGUAAAGAAAGUUGGGAAGUGUGGAAAUCAACAUUAAAAUCCUUGCAGAAGUCUGUGUCUAAGCACGAUGUUGAUGAAAAUUUGGUUGAUAAAUGUUUGAGGCGUAGCUAUCAUAAUUUGAAGGAUGAAGGAGCCAAGAAACUGUUCCCUUUAUGUUCUCUGUUUCCAGAGGAUGAAGAACUUUCUGAUGAAAUUUUAACAAGAUUUUGCAGAGGAGUGCGCCUUUUUGGGGAAAUGGAUAUCAAAUACGAUGAACCUCGAGAUCAAGUAGUUACUGCCAAAAAUAAACUUGUAAAUUCUUGUUUAUUGGUAAAAGCUGGGAAACAAAGUGUUAAGAUGCAUGACUUGGUUCGUGAUGUGGCCUUACGGAUAGCUAAUGAGGAAAUUCAAGCAGUGAAUUUGUCUGACAAAAAUCAGAAGUCAUUGCUUGAAAGGGGGGAAAAUAUUAAAUAUUUAGAAUUUAAUUCAAUUGAAGUGAUUGAAAGGUGCACUUUACUUGAAGAAUUGUACAUUGUUGGUACGAAAGUCAGGUUUGAUCUUUCGCGUUUGCAUGGAAAAAUAACCUUUCCUCCAUUAGAAAGGUACGUUAUCAGUGACUACCUUAGAACGGUGGAUGAAUCGUUGUCAAGAUGUGUGGCCUUACCGAAUAUUGAUGCUAUUUUCUCAGAAGUGACAUUCAAGCAUUUGGUGCAAACAUCCGAACUUCUUCAUCUGGUACGAAUUAAAGGGGCAUGGAGAAAUCUCAUACCUGAUAUUGUUCCCAUAGAUAGAGGUAUGAAUGACCUAUUUCAGCUUGUUUUAACGGGGAGUCCACAAUUGCGGUGUCUCAUUGACACUACACAUAUUGAUUCUCAUAGACAAAGUUUCUUCUCCAAGUUGAUUGAGCUAAAACUUCAUCGCAUGGAAAAUUUCGAAAAACUAUGCAAUGGUCCCUUUCCCUCUGACUUUCUAAACAAUUUACAGAGCCUAAAUUUCCGUGAGUGUAUAAACUUGAGAAGCAUAUUGUUUAAGAGCAAGCUAAACCUCUGCUAUCUUAAGACCACUAAAUUGUCCUAUUGCCGAAAAUUGGUAUCCCUAUUUCAAUUGUCAACUUGUCAAAGCCUCUUGCUUUUGGAGGAACUGUCCAUAGAAGAUAGUGAGCAACUAACAAACAUAAUAGCAGCAUAUGAAAGAAUAAGGGAGGAAUUGAAGGAAGAAAUUGUUAGUGGUGAGAAUGAUAACAAGAGUUGUGUCUCCAUGUUUCCAAAACUGAAAACUCUAUAUAUUAGCAAGUGCCCCCAUUUGGAAUAUAUACUUCCAAGUCCAACUCUUUCUCCUCAAGUUGUUCCAUUGCUAGAAACUAUCAGAACACAUGAUUGUGGUGAGCUGAAAUACAUAUUUCAUGAACACCAACAUGAACAUGCAAGUCAGGAUCUGCAUCAAGAGGCAAAGGAUAUCAUACUUGGCUCACUGAAAGAGGUGUCAAACAUUGACUAUCUUCAUCUUUGGCAACGUGCUCAGUGUCUUUCGAAACAACCACAUAUCCUGCGCAACAUUAAAGAACUUGAGCUACAAAAUUUUUCAAAGACAAAAUCUGUAUUUAUCUUAUCUAUUGCCCCAAUGAUGUUGGAAAAAUUGAGAAUUCAGGACCGUGACGAAUUACAGCACAUAAUAAUAGACACCAGAGAUGACCUUGUUGACAAUAAUUUGAGUUAUGUCUUCCCAAAAUUGAAAAAGAUCUCUGUGAAAGAUGCAAGCCAGCGGAUUGAAUUGAAGAAUACAGAUCUUUGGGUGCAGAGCUGUCCAAAACUCUCUUUGACUUCAACGAUAGAGGCCAAUCAGUUGAGGCUUAAAGUUGUAUACUAUGUUUAUGGAGAAAAUCUGAGUAAAUAUUCCAUUGAAAUAUUGCAAUACAUUGCUCGACAUUUUGAAGACUUAAUAACCCAAGAUACUAGCAAUGAAAAUCAAACUAUAGAAAUCACUGAAGACAUUGAAGUUGAGCCGGAUGUCCAAGCACAAAGUGAGUUGGCUUCUUCAGAAGUCAAUACGAAUCAAUCCAUUGCAGAGAUAGAGCAUGAAAUUGUUGAACAAGUUUCGAGUUUAAAGAUAUCAUUGGCAACAACAUCACCAAGUAAAAGGCAUGAAGCACAUUCAGAUGAAGAUGAUGGUGGCCAAAUAACUACACCUUUUUCAGUUAUCACUAGAGAGAAUCCUACCACAAAAAAUGUUCAAGAAAUUACUGAGACUCAUGCUCCAGAAAACUAUAACAUUGGGCAUGAAGUUCAAGCAACAUCAGAGCAUGAGUUAACUCCACCACAAGUUAAUGGAAAUCAAUCUAUUCAAGCAACUCAAACUGAAUAUAUUCAAGAAGGAAGUGACUUUAAAUCUAACAUGUUCAUCUCUGUGGAGACAAAAGCCAAACCUUCACAAAAGGCAGAGAAGGGUUUUGUGGAAGAAGUUACUGGUUUAGAGAUUCCCUUGCCAAACAUUUCACCAACAGAUGCAGCAAAUGCCAAGAUAAGUCCUUUGGAUAGUCUUCUACAUAAAACCCAUUCAGAUGUAAGUGUACCAUAUAGUGUCUGUUUGAUUUAAAGUUGAGUGUAAAUGACUUUAAUAAAAUUGAGUUUACACUGUUGAAUAUGAUACAGGUG